UUUCUUAUUUUUUCCCAGGAUAGGCAGAUCUACCGAUCCGGACCGCGAUCCAUAGAUCUGGACCCUUUUUGUAGAAGGGCUAUUGACACACAUGAAUUGAAAAGCCAACUUUUGCUGAUCCAUUCAUCGUUCACCACAUCAAACAGUUGCUAUUAAGUUAAGGUUCUUGCAGUGAUGGUGGCUAAAAAUUUCACUGCAUAAUCACAGAAUUCAACACCAUAACUCUGCAAUAACAUAUAAUCAUGUUCACUCUUAGUAUACACUCUGUUGAGAUUCCAUUUUCAACAACAAAAUAUGGAGAUGCUUCCUCCUCUCCUACUUCUACUCAUUCACUCUUCUUCUUCUCUGGAAACCCUAGAUUUCAGGAGAGCAAGGGCAUCAUCCACCUCUUUCGCAAUGUCUCUGAUCUCCCUGCGUCCCCCGAUGCCCUUCCUGAAGGGAGGAGCACACUUGUUUGCGUUCUUGCAGUUCCAAAUCACAUUACCUAUGCUGAGUUCUUCCAAUUCUCUGGCUCAUUUGCAGAGCACAUGUUGGAGAUGCGAGUCAUUAGAAAUGAUGGAAUGGAUGAUAGGUACAGUGUUUUGGUUAUGUUUGAAAAUCAGAAUUCUACUGAUGGUUUUUUCCGGCAUUGCAAUGGCAGACGUUUUUCAUCUGUGGAGGCAGAGGUUUGUCAUGUUCUCUUUACCUCCGACGUGCGAUAUACAGAUUCAAUAGAAAUUGCUGAAACUCCUCCCAAGGGAUUGACUGAGUUACCAACAUGUCCGGUUUGCCUUGAGAGGCUGGACCAAGACAUCAGUGGAAUUCUUACUACGAUGUGUAAUCAUUCAUUUCAUGGAUCAUGCACUGCAAAAUGGACUAAUUCUUCUUGUCCGGUCUGCCGAUUUUGUCAGCAGCAACCUGAAAAAUCCUCGUGCUCUAUUUGUGAGACAUUAGAGAAUUUAUGGAUUUGCAUUAUUUGUGGAUUUGUUGGAUGUGGAAGGUAUAAAGAAGGCCAUGCUAUUAGGCAUUGGAAAGAAACACAGCAUUGCUAUUCACUGGAUUUGGAAAAUCAAAGAGUAUGGGAUUAUGUUGGUGAUAAACAUGUUCAUCGACUAAUUCAGUCAAAAACUGAUGGAAAGCUAGUUGAGUUAAAUUCGCAUUGUGGAUCUGUAGAUGAUGAAUGUGGGAGCUGUGAAUACAGUGGGGAUUCUGGAGUCAGUGCAGCUCUCUUUAAUAGUAAAUUUGAAGCGAUUGUGGAUGAAUACAACCACCUACUUGCCAACCAGCUUGAGAGUCAGAGACAAUAUUAUGAAUCUUUGCUUGUGGAGACCAAGGAGCAAAAGGAUAGGACUGUUUCUGCAGCUGCUCGUGAAGCCGUGAACUUGAAACUGCAAGAGAUGCAUGUUAAACUUGAUAAAUGCAGCGCAGAAAACAGAGGCAUUGCUGAUGCCAAUGACAAGCUUAUGAAGAAGCAAGAAAUUUGGAAGAAAAAGCUUCAGGAAAUUGAAGAAAGGGAGAAAAUGGCAAUAAAGGAAAGGGAUGAAAAGAUUAUGGAUUUGGAAGAGCAGGUUAGAGACUUUAUGGUUUACAUUGAGGCUCAAAAGACGCUGGAUAAUCUGCCAAAUACAGAUGAUGUCAAGGGAGGGACACUCUUACCUGUCUCAGUUCAGUCACCCUCAACCAACACCAAACACACAACAAAAACAAACCGAAGACGACGUUAACUGUCUACACUAUUUUGCUAUAUGCAAUUAUUUUUGUGCAGAAAGCUACCGAUGUACGUAUCUGGAUGAACCCAUUUAGGCUAGACAUGGCUUUGGUAAAUACUGUCAGUGGAGGAAAUUUGGAAACCAAUUCUUAAUAUUGAAAAUCAAUAAAGGAUGUUUCUUAGUAUUGAAAAUCAAUAAAGGAUGUUC